AUGGCCGCACCUCUACCCGCGGCUGCUGCCUGGCUCAUGGCGGGCCCGGGGGGAGGCGGCGAGAGGGAGACGCGGGUUCUACCGCGGUCGCCGCUGCUGCUGCCCCUGCUGCUGGGUAUUCUCCUCAGCCGCUGCUUCGGAGAGCAGCCCCCGCGCGCCGCCGCCGCCACCUCCUUGUUGCCCGGUGCGUCCGAUUCUGAGGAGACUGUGAUCAUCGGCUUGCGGCUGGAGGACACAGACGAUGUGUCGUUCAUGGAAAAAGGAGUGCUACGAGUGAGCGAGAGGACCCAUGUCAAGCUGCGGGUCUAUGGGCAAAAUAUCAAUAACGAGACUUGGUCCCGCAUCGCCUUUACUGAGCAUGAGCGCUGGAGAGAAGGAGAAGGCAGGCGGCCGCCGGCUGAGCAAGAAGAUGGCCCGGCUCCUGUCGGCUCUACCUCGCCCGUCCCACAACGCUGCGGCAUUCGCACUUCGGACAUCAUAAUCCUGCCUCACAUCACCCUCAACCGACGCACCUCUGGUAUCAUCGAGAUCGAUAUCAAGCCUUUGCGCAAAACGGAAAAGAGCAAGUCCUACUACCUAUGCACUUCCGUAUCCUCCCCAGCUAUUCUGGGGGGCCCAGGGGGCUCUUCUGGGGGCAGCAGUGGUGGAGGGGGGAUUAUUGGGCCUGAUGGAGGGCCAUGGACGGAGACCACCUGGAUUUAUCAUGAUGGUGAGGACACAAAGAUGAUUGUGGGAGAGGAGAAGAAAUUCUUGCUUCCCUUCUGGCUUCAGGUGAUCUUCAUCUCCCUCUUGCUGUGUCUCUCAGGAAUGUUCAGUGGACUCAACUUGGGACUUAUGGCCCUUGAUCCUAUGGAGUUGCGUAUUGUGCAGAACUGUGGGACGGAAAAAGAGAAGAACUAUGCCAAACGUAUUGAACCUGUGCGUCGCCAGGGCAAUUACUUGCUCUGUUCUUUACUCUUGGGCAAUGUGUUGGUCAACACUACUCUUACCAUCCUGCUCGAUGACAUCGCUGGUUCCGGACUGGUGGCCGUGGUGGUCUCCACCAUCGGUAUCGUCAUCUUCGGUGAGAUCGUGCCGCAGGCUAUUUGUUCCCGGCACGGCCUUGCCGUAGGCGCCAACACCAUCUUCCUCACCAAGUUCUUCAUGAUGAUGACCUUCCCGGCCUCUUACCCGGUCAGCAAAUUGCUAGACUGUGUCUUAGGGCAGGAAAUUGGUACUGUCUAUAAUCGUGAGAAACUGCUUGAGAUGUUAAGGGUCACUGAUCCCUACAAUGACCUGGUCAAAGAGGAGCUGAAUAUUAUUCAAGGGGCACUAGAAUUGCGUACAAAGACAGUGGAAGAUGUAAUGACCCCACUUCGGGACUGUUUCAUGAUUACUGCUGAGGCUGUGCUUGAUUUUAACACUAUGUCUGAGAUUAUGGAGAGCGGUUAUACCCGUAUCCCUGUCUUUGAAGGGGACCGCUCCAACAUUGUGGACCUUCUUUUUGUUAAGGACUUGGCCUUUGUGGAUCCUGAUGACUGUACUCCACUCAAGACUAUCACCCGUUUCUAUAAUCAUCCACUGCACUUUGUCUUCAAUGACACCAAGCUUGAUGCCAUGCUUGAAGAAUUCAAAAAAGGUAAAUCUCACUUGGCAAUAGUGCAGCGGGUGAACAAUGAAGGGGAAGGGGAUCCUUUUUAUGAAGUCUUGGGCAUUGUUACCUUGGAAGAUGUAAUUGAAGAGAUCAUCAAGUCUGAGAUUCUAGAUGAAACAGAUCUGUACACUGAUAACAAGACCAAAAAGAAAGUAGCCCAUCGGGAAAGAAAGCAGGACUUCUCUGCCUUCAAACAGACAGAUAGCGAAAUGAAGGUUAAAAUCUCGCCACAAUUGCUCUUGGCAAUGCAUCGUUUCCUAGCAACAGAAGUUGAAGCAUUUGGCCCAUCCCAGAUGUCUGAAAAGAUCCUCCUAAGGUUACUAAAGCAUCCCAAUGUGAUUCAGGAGUUGAAGUAUGAUGAGAAGAACAAGAAAGCCCCAGAAUACUACCUCUAUCAGCGAAACAAGCCUAUUGAUUACUUCGUUUUAAUUUUACAGGGGAAAGUGGAAGUGGAGGCAGGAAAAGAGGGAAUGAAGUUUGAAGCUGGUGCUUUCUCUUACUAUGGAGUGAUGGCUCUCACAGCAUCACCAGUUCCCUUGUCCCUGUCUCGUACCUUUGUUGUCAGCAGAACAGAAUUAUUAGCAGCAGGUACUACAGCUGAAAACAAAUCACCACCUCGUUCUUGCGGCUUGAAUCAUUCAGACUCUCUUAGCAAAGGGGAUCGUAUUGAUGCAGUGACACCAACAAUAGGGAAUAGCAACAGCCAGUUGAACUCAUUUGUUCAAGUAUAUGUUCCAGACUACUCAGUGAGAGCCAUCUCAGACAUUCAGUAUGUCAAGAUCUCCAGACAGCAAUACCAAAAUGCCCUCAUGGCAUCCCGGAUGGAUAAAACACCUCAGUCCUCGGACAGUGAAACUACUAAAAUAGAACUGACUCUUACGGAAUUGCAUGAUGGUUUGCCAGAUGAGAUGGCAAAUCUGCUGAAUGAACAGAACUGUGUAACCCACAACAAGUCCAACCACAGUAUGCACAGUGAAGGCGCCAUCUAGGAGCUGACGCACAGCAUCACCCUGUUCUCCUGCCUUCCCCCUGUUCUUCAGGACAAGGUCUCCUCCCACCUCCUUACCUCUA